AUGGUAUAUAAGAAUGUUUCUGACAUAUAUAAAUCUGAAGAAUUUAAGACCUACGACAACUUUGUUUCGUUAGUUGCUGAAUGUGUAUGGCAGAUAAGAGAUGAAGAUAGAAGAGGUAAAGUAUGGAACAAACAAAUAAGACCCGCUAUGUUUGAGAUGAAGAGAGCAAUUGACGCUUUAGUUGUUUUAGCAGGUAAGGUUUCAGAAUAUAACGCAAAAAUGAACCCGCAAUGUUCUAAAUGUAAAGCAGCAAUGAGGAGAUAUAACUACUCCGUCAAAGAGAUAGAACGUAUGAGAAACGACUAUGCAGACUUAAGGAAAGAAGCAGAAAAACCAGCAGAAAAUAAAAUGGACAUGUUAGCAUUUCUGAACAAAAACUAUCCAACAGCAGAAGAUUUCCUUCUAUCUGACGUCAUGAAGAAAUAUAAAGAAACCUUCGGCAUAGUUAAAACAUUCGAUGUACUAAAAGAAGAAAUAGAAGCUACAAAACUGUUUAGGAUUUCAAAUAUACAUCGUACAAUUCAUGUAAAACGCUUGUAA